GAAUUCGCGUCUCCAUCGGCAAACGCGUCUGCAUCGGAGCCCGACAAGCCCAGUAACCACUAAAAAGGUGUACCCCAGAUGCCACCACCAUGCCCAGAGAGAUAAUCACAGUUCAGGCGGGCCAGUGCGGCAAUAACAUUGGCAGUCAGUUCUGGCAGCAGCUUUGCCAGGAACAUGGCAUCAACAAGGACGGGAACCUCGAGGACUUUGCGACCGAAGGCGGCGACCGCAAAGAUGUCUUUUACUACCAAAGCGACGACACACGAUACAUCCCAAGGGCCAUCCUCAUCGACCUCGAGCCACGGGUAAUUCACGGUAUACAAACGGGUCAAUAUGGAAACAUAUACAACCCCGAGAACUUCUACAUCGGCAAGGAUGGUGUGGGAGCCGCCAACAACUGGGGCGAUGGAUACCAGACAGGGGAGUCGGUACAUGAAGAUAUCAUGGAGAUGAUUGACCGGGAAGCGGACGGUAGCGACUCGCUCGAGGGCUUCAUGAUGCUACACUCCAUCGCCGGUGGUACCGGGUCCGGUCUAGGGUCGUUUCUCCUCGAAAGACUAAACGACCGUUUCCCCAAGAAGAUUAUACAAACAUACUCGGUCUUCCCAAACACGAGUGCCGACGACGUGGUUGUGCACCCCUACAACAGCGUACUGACUAUGAGACGGUUGACACAAAACGCCGACUCGGUCGUAGUCCUCGACAACGGAGCCCUCACACACAUUGCCGCCGAUAGGCUUCACCUCGACAAGGUAUCCAUCCAGCAGACGAACCAACUGGUGUCGACAGUCAUGUCAGCCAGCACCACUACCCUCAGAUAUCCCGGGUACAUGCACAACGACCUCGUCAGCAUCCUCGCGUCGCUCAUCCCCACACCACGAUGCCAUUUCCUAAUGACCGCCUACACGCCCUUCACCAGCGACCAAGUUGAGCAGGCCAGGACUGUCCGCAAGACCACAGUGCUGGACGUCAUGCGGCGGUUGUUGCAGCCCAAGAACCGCAUGGUGUCGACCGUUCCGGGGAAGAAGAGCUGCUACAUCUCUAUCCUCAAUGUCAUCCAGGGCGAGGUGGACCCGACGGACGUACACAAGAGCUUGCUUCGUAUCCGGGAGCGUCGUCUAGCCACAUUCAUCCCAUGGGGCCCGGCAAGCAUUCAGGUGGCGCUGACCAAGCGAAGCCCAUACAUCCCCAUGGCACACCGAGUGAGCGGGCUAAUGCUUGCCAACCAUACCAGCAUUGCCACGCUUUUCAAGAGGGUACUCAGACAAUACGAUGGCAUGCGGAAACGGAACGCCUUCCUAGAAUCGUACAAGAAGACUGCUCCAUUCUCGGACAAUCUCAGCGAGUUUGACGAGUCGAGGGAGGUGGUGGCGGACCUCGUAGCCGAGUAUGAGGCGGCCGAAGAUGCCAAUUAUCUAAACCCAGACCUAGGGGAACAGGCAACGUCGGCGGAAACUGACAAACGGAUGGGAUGAGAAACUAUCAAAGGGGCGGCGAUGCCGUUGGGUAACGGCUACGAUUUUGUUAGGCUUGGCCCUGGACGGUGAUUACCUAUCCAGAGGUACUGGGAUGAAUGUCAUGGCCGCGGCGUUCAGGAGCACGAGGUGGCUGGGGAUCGCCUGCAUAUAUAACCAGAUUGUGUUGUUAUUCAUCAGGCGUAUCUUGACCACAAUGGGAACCAUCUUUUUUUAGGGGCAGCAGGGAAUUGAACACGCCAUGUGAGUGUCAAGCAACGAGCAUACUGUACGGCUCAAAUCCAUUCCGCUCGGGUAAUGCUCAGGCAAUUCUAGUCCAUAUGUACAGAGCUAGCACCCCAGGGCAACAAAUGGAAAGAUGUCUGGCAAGAUGGAGACAGACCUCUGCCACCUAUUCCCUAAUCCCAAGGCUCUACUUUCCCCAAAGCCUAUUCGAGGCCAUAGUAUCCCCCCC